AUGACCUUCCACGCUCCUUCAUUUCUGGAGGAGCUUCGGCAAAUCAUAGAGGGAGGGAUGGUAUCUGUGGACCGUUUUCCCUUUCUGAUGGUCGUGCUGAUCGUGUUGACGAUAGGUGCUCGAUAUUGUUCUUUGGAUGCUGCACAAGAAUUUUGUCCUGGAGUGGACGUACGCCAACUAGAAAGAGUUCUGGAGGCCAAUAUUGAGCAGAACUUCCUCCGGACUUUGGAUGAUACAUCUGUCGAGACCAUCACAUUUACCUUCCUCUUGACGUCGUUCUCCCUGUACAACCGUAACCCGAGUCGUGGAUACAAAUUGUUCCAGACUGUCGUCCGAGACGCACAACUAAUGAACCUUCAUUCUGAAGCGACGUGGAAUACAGAGGAUUCCAUUGCGAGAGAAGUCAGGAGACGCAUCUGGUGGACGAUAUAUGGCUCUGAUGGAUUUGCGGCCCUUGUCUUCGGAAAGCCACGACUCAUCUCGGACACGAACAAUGAGGUAGAGAUGCAGAAAGACAUUGACGACACCAACAUCGUCUGUCCCGGUAUCGAAUCGCAAGAACCCAGAGAGCACGGAAUGCUCAGACCUGUCACGAUCCUAUCGUAUCACCGCUACAAAGUCCUUCUUUACAAGAUUGGAGAACCGAUAACCCGGAACGUGUACUUCCACAGACAUUCGGAGACCGAUCUCGUUAUAGGACAAGUGCAACAGAUCCAUCGGAGGCUUCUUGACUGGCGCGGAGCUCUUCCACCAGAACUAAAGCUCGACGCCGUUGCUGGUAUAGAGACAACGGUUGAACACGCUUCGUCUCUCAACACAUUCAAACGGCAAGCACUUGCCCUCGGGCUAGCCUAUGAUAACAUGCAGAUUGUUCUGCAUCGGUCGUUGAUCGCCUACGGGGACACUCGGGGAGAGUUUGAUCCUACAAAGGCUCCGACGAGGCAAGGACGAAGCCAUGGACACGCAAUUGACGUAGCCGAGGCAAUAAAAACCAGUCGGAACCAGUGUUGGGAAUCUGCAGUGCGAACAUCAAUGCUAGGGAAAUAUGCCGAUGUGCUGGAGCUCCUGAGAACCACUCCUGUUGCGGCGUACUUUGCUAUUCACGCACUCACCGCUGGUGUCAUGCUUGGGAUAUUCGCCUUGACAGAUCCGUGUUCGGAGCGGGCUCAGACGGCUAAACUUGGAAUAUCUCGGCUCAUACAGAUGCCUACCGACUUCAAUUUCCGCGAGGCUGCCUGGCAACAGUGUGCAGACAUAUUGGAGAAUCUCCUGCGCUUGAUCCUCUCUGAAGAGAUGAAGGUCUUGGUGUCUGGACGGCAGCACAACAAGCUCGGCGGCGGCCCUCCUGAAGGACGACGAUCCGAAGUUGCCCAGAACAGUCAGUACCUCGACCAACUUUCGCAAACCCGCGGCCGUACCGCUUCGGUUGGGAUCAUGGAAGCCGACCACACCCGUCAAAUAGGACAAUCGCCGGUCGAGAAUAACUUUCGGGCAUCUGCGAAUACACCGCAGCAUAGUUACAUACCAUGGUCUAACGACCCACAUACCCACCAGCCAAGACCGGACAUGCUGUCGCCGAACUCGCAGAGUGUGAUCAGUCCUAGGGAGGACUUUGGAAAUGCCUUGUCAUCCUUGCAGAACAUGUUUCGGGACCACGGAUCGUCUCUCGGUUUCACCCACCCCGACGGAACGGCCCGUGUCGCUCCCACUGACCAAAGCUUCGGCUCGACCCUACAACAGCACCCGAGCACGUCCAUCGCGGGCGCAAGUGAUGGCCAGAUGCAUUCGGAAAUGGACUUCUUCAGCAGUUCAUUCCCUUCUUUCCAGGCAGCUGGCCAGUCGUGGCUUUGGAACGACGGCAUGCCGUUCAUGUAA